UCCUACACCUGAAUUCUCUACAUUUAAAGAUAAAUUCCUCUGGUGAAUAAUUUUUAAAACAUAUUUCGACAAGCGGCCUUAGUUUAAUAUCGAAUUUGACGGAAAAAAAAUUAUUUUACUGGCAUUGGAACAAUUGUCCCGUGGACAUCGCGAUUCAGUCGGACUGGGUGAACCUGCGGAAAGUCUCUUGUUAACAAUUAGCAAGAGGUGCGGACUGGGUUCUGUCUCUGAGUUUGUAUCUCUGCGAUUCUGGAAUUUCCACCACUGGAAGGGAAAAAAACCGCUUGAUUCUGGUGAGGACCAAAAAUGGAGGUAUCGUCUGAAACAAAGCUCAGGCGUUUUUUGCUUUAUGCCAGCGAAAGCAAUGUUUAUUUGCCAGGGAGCAGGCUGCAGUGGAAAUUUUAUGAAAAAGAGAAUCUCGAAUCGUUUAGGACAUUGCUCAAGAGCUUGGACAAGGACGUUGUACUCAAGUUGAUCAAAUGGGUGCACGGUGAAAAACUGUCACCGCAUCCUGAAGUCAUACCUUUUGUACUGACUGAGUGUUGCCGCAUCAAAGAGUGGAGGGCAGACGCACUCAAUAUGGCUACACUCAUACUCAGAGACGUCGACGAUUUUCUAUUGUUCUUUAAAUUCGCCUUCGAGGUCUCGCCAAAGUUGGGGACAGGAAGAGGUGUGAAGCGAUUUAUCAAGACCUGGUACGAUAGACAGCAGACCGUCGAAUUGGUAGGAAUGGUAGGUGAAAGACCCAAGUUUAGGGGAUGGCGUCAUGCCGACCUUAUAAAACUCGCCCAUCUAAAAAGCGAAAGACCUGCAAAGGCAGCGAUUUACGCCUAUGCUGUUGGAGGUGUUGAAAAUAUGGUGAAGAAGUUUGGACAGGAUGAAAAUGCCAAAUGGGUAGUUGACCACCUUGUUAAGAUAAAUGAGUUCAAAAAAGAAAAAAGCCCUGAUAAAACAAUUGCAGUAAUCGAGGAAUACAUUCUUUCAAUUGGUUAUGUCAACCAUAUUCACUACAAAAACAAAAAGGUGUGGAAAGCCGUUUUGCCAAGGAUGACAGUCGAUGAAAUCGUACCGAGGCUACACUUGCUCAGCAAGUAUGGAAUGUUUCGUUCCCAUCAGAACAAAACGUGGGAUCCUCAGUUCAUCCCUCUUCUUCUAGAUCGAAUUGUGAAUAAAACGAAUGUGACGAGAUCGAAGAUUCAACCGAGCACAAUUUGCCUCGAGCUCAACCGAUAUCAAAAUGAACCAAGCUUAAAAUAUCAGACUGCUGUUAAGAGAAACAAACGGGCCAAAAAGGCACCGCAGAUAUCUAAAGAAUAUGUCCAGGCCCUUGAAGAAGUGAUGUUAAUGGCUUUUGAGAACAUCAAACCGACAGGAUUAAAUUAUACGAUAAUCAUCGAUGAUUUCAAACUGCAGAGUAGAAGGUGCGCUUACAGGCGGUUCAUUUCUCCGCAAAUUGCCGCUGCCGUACUCGCCCUCAGUUUGAACAAGGCAGGAAACGACGUUAAAAUUGUCACCUUCACAGGGAAGAACAUUGAAUUCUGGACCGGCCCAAAAACGACCAGCGUGCAUUCGCUGGCGUCUGUAUUCGGGACCGAAAGCUUAGCGAAGCCUUUUAUAAGGUCUAUUAUCAAUUUCUGCAGCCCUUUAAAUUCAAAAACAGAAGAUACAGAUGUAUUUGUAAUACUUGCAAAUACGAUUAAAUACGGGAAAUAUCUCGACGUUGUAAAACAACACAGGGAGAAAAACCCAAAAUCCCCUAGGUUCGUCUUCUGCAGUUUAUGUGGUCUGAAAUACUCGGGGCCGAUCGAUGAUGAGGAAAAUGCCAUCAUUACAAGCGGUUUUAACGACAGGCUUUUCCAACUCAUCAACGGAUUCGGGAAAGAACCUCCUGCCAACACAGAUGGCUAAUCACUGCCUUUGCAAACGUUAACAGUACUUUAAUUUAAUUAUGAUUGUGUAUAAAAUUAAUCAAUUUUUACAGCACUUUAAA